CGCAUGACGUCGCCACACGGAUACACUGUUUCUGUGUCUUGGUAGUUGACUGUAUGCGUCACUGAGGACCAUCUCAUCACAUAUGAGACCUUUUUCUGGCCUCUGCACCCCUGUCAAGGUUCACUUUUCCCAUCCCAACUCAUCGAGCUUCUCCAGAAGGAUAUGGAAUCCUGCAGACUUCUAAAAAAGCUAUGGACACGGUCAAGUUAAGAUUCGAGGAAUCGAUACUUGAUGCGUCGCAUCUUGGGCGGAUUAUCAUGGCAUUCCAGAGUCGAUUCCUGCGGACUACCACUCCGGUCAAUACCCUCCCUUGUUGGGUGCGGCAACGACAGAAGCCGCCUACAGAUCUACGUCGAGUUGAAAGAGGGACUGCUGGAGCUUCUCGGUUUGCUAAACAGCCAUUUAUCGAGGAUUCUUGCCUCUUCUCCGCCAAAACAUGUCACUGACACAACUUGCCGAACCUCCUCCUGACACAAAAAAGUGACUGUCCCGCCAGACGGCGGAUCUGAUCCUGCAUGGAAGUAUCCUGUCACUGCGUGGUACAUGCAUGAAGGUCCAAAUAAGGAUUUGUUGUGGAACGAAGAAAAUGCCUUUGAAGCGCCACGUUCAGCUUUCUUCUGUCGCGGAUAGUUAGAUUUUUUUUCAGUCCAAAGCUUCUGCAUGCACGCGCAGACAGCCAACCCAGUCCCGACAUGUUCGCGGGCCCUGCGCGUGUCUUCGUUCUCGAGCGUCGCCAGCAAUCGACGUCUGCCUGGGGAAAGCUGCUUGUCAGAACCGUCGCACGAGCUCAGAACUUUCCAGAGGGAGGCCGAGUCGGCAAGAGACUAUAAUGUCACAGAAACGGGAGACUUUCCCCCCCGUUUUUUCGGGGGGCGCCACAGCCCGGUUGCCGCCAUCGCCAGCCCCACUGGCAGGUGUCUCCUGUCUCCUUGUCCUGCCACAGGCCCUCGUCUUUUGUCUCUUCCAUCUCAUGACUUCUUCAGACUUCCUCUUCUUUUCGUCAAACGCUUCACCUCCGAACGGACUGCGUCGGUCUAUGUCUUGUAGAUACAGGCUGUCACUCCACCGGAGCCUCGGUCUCUUCUUUCUCGGUGUGGGUUUCCACUUUCGCGCCUCGCUGGCUUUGUCCUCUCCAGGCAAACCGCCUCCCUUCCCUCUCUUACACGGCACUCCGGUCUCCUCGCCGGAGACUACCUUCAACAGUCUUCGCCGUGUCAAUUCUUCUCUGCCGUUCCCGGGCGUUGUUUUCAAAAGGCGGCCGACCGAGGCAGGUUCUCCCGAGGACCUCCGUUGCCUGGCGCUACCUUCGCUUACCCUUUGUGCCAGUCUCGUUCGAAGAAACGGGAGAUUUACCGUCGGAGUUCCAUCGCAUCUGCGGCCGCGAACCAGCCUGGGUGCCUCUGUGCCCUGCAAGAGCCGAGGCUCGCCGAUAGACUCUUCGGCCUUCGUCCUUUACCCGCAAAGAAAAUGGCACUUACAUUCCCUGUGCUACCCCGCAUCCCCGCUGACACCGCAGCAACAUGCCUCUCCACAGACACUCGCAGCUUCUUCACUGGAGACACAGUGGUGGAGAAACGCGCCAUUGGCCGUUCAGUCCUUACCCCCUUGCGGCCUCAAGAACGGAUCCGGCCACCCGUCAGGCUCUGCGUGCAAGACCUUUUUGAUGUCUGCCUUCGACUCGUUCCCCUUUCAGAGCCGUCGAGUUCUCGCCAGUCAAGAAGCGGCCAGGUGGAGACAGCCGCACCCGUCGACUUCUGCGAGAGACACCCCGCAGAAGGAUGGGAGAGAGAACAGGCACUCUUUUGCCGGCGCGGAUUUCCGGGGAGCGGCGAAAAGACUCAACUCAGAUCCUCCAGAAGAGACGCGCAUACCUGUUUCCACCUUCUCUUCACUUGUUUCUUCACCAGGCAGACGCCCGAGCCGGUUUCAGUCGAAGAGAUGGGAGGACGCGCGGGGGAGUGAGAGGCUAGGCGCUGCUCGGCUUUCCGCCUACACUCGGACUUCGCUCCCGGGUCCUCCAUCCCCCCUCGCUCCCUCGCUUCCUCGCCGAGUCUUCUCGUCUCCGAACCUCAGCGACGAAGUGCCUUUCGACCCAAGGCGGCUUCCGUCGCUCAGUUCAAGACCUUGCAGCUCCGACUGCAGACCAGAUCGGUUUUUCCUCACUUCUUCUUCUCGUCGAGCUAGCAGCAAGUGGAACUGCGUGGUCCCGCGAACCUCUCGGGGCGUCGGAGGCGCUGGAACGUUGUACGGAAGCCCCGAGUCUGCAUCUCCGGUGUCUAGACACCGUAGCGCGCGUUCUGCGUUGCCUCGCCUCUUUAAACGUCUCGUCGGAUCGUCGCCGGGAUGGGGAGACUCCGGAGGGCGCCAGCCUGGGCCUCACUGGCGCGGACCGAUAGAAAGCGCGGGCGCGCGGGGCUUCGAUGGCAUGCCUCUGCUCGGCUCUUCUGUCGCCGAUCUCCCGUCUCGCUUCUUCCCUUCGACCUCCACCGCGUUGGCUCGCGAGAGUCGAGCGAAGCGCAUGCAGCCUCGACUUUCUGAUCUGCCAACUUUGGAGGGGCAUCCACGCAUUCGCUCGACGUCGCCUGCACCUGCCUUCCCGGCUGCUUCUGCGCCUUCUCGACGUUCUCCUUCUCCACGCUCUUCUUCAGCGCCACCGUCGAUCAGCUGCUCCUCUCUUGGCGAUUCUCACCAGACGCGACGGCGGCACUCUCGCCGUGACUUUCUGGACCUGCCUUCGCGUCCUAUGGAACCCACAGAGACUCCGAGACUCCCUUCAGUUUCACUCUCUGCUCGAAUCAACCAACACAAGGCGUCUCGUCGGUCCCCGUCCUCCUCUCGGCUUCUCCCGACCCCCCCAUCUUCCUCGAGGGCACAGUCUUUCUCGCCAUUCUUCCAGUCCCUAGUGCCGUCUUCCCGUCCUUCUUCUCCUCGGUGUUUUUCUUCUCGGUCCUUCGCUUCUCGUUCGCCUUCAUCGCGCUCUCCCUCUUCUUCUGCUUCUUCAUUCACGCGUUCGUCUGCUUUGUCGCGUCUGGCCUUCUUUGCCUCUCGCCGCUCUUGGCUUCCGCAAGGCCGAAGCCCCAAUGCAGAGACUCGCGCCAGAGAGAGAGAGCCGCACAUGUGGAGCCGAGACUGGGGGGCGAGGCAGGACAGAGAAGAGAUACCAACGCCAGGAGAGGACUUCUCAAGACGGAAGAAGGCCUCGCGAAUCGCUUGGAAACAUCUGCUCCACCAGCUGAUUCAGUCUCGUUCUGCUCCCGGUUCCCCUUCUUCUCCAUCUUCUUCUCUUGUGCCUUCUUCUUCUCCUUCUGUUGCGGCCGAUCGGAGCGAAGGCCUGGACGCGCCCCCUGCCUUCGCUGAGCUUCGAGACCGAACGAGACUGCCCAGCUUCCUACCGACGCACGACGCGGCGGCUCGGUGGGGGGCUCGCGUCUCUUCUCAGAGGGCCUUGCUGUCAUCCCUUUUGUGUGAAUCUGGCGGGGACUGGCGGGAGACUGGCGAACGCCCCGAGUCUUCUGCAUGCCGCGAAACUCGUCAAGACCUACAGGGCGACCUCGAAAACAACAGUUUGCUGCCGUCCUUUUCUCCCGCGACACUCCGUCUAGCGCCACUACCUAGCCGUUCUGUCUCCUCGCCGUCUCCUGUCCCCUCGACUUUUUGCAGCUCUGCGAGCGGUCCUGCGUUCCCUGAGGCCGCGGCUGAAGGCGCCCAAGAGACGCCUCUGUGUGACCCAAUCUUGGAGACCGUAGAGGGAACGCUGUUGUCUUCUCUGUCGACAGUGCUUCGCCUCCUCCACCCGCAGCUCCUUCAGGAGGCAGACCAGAGAGCUGCAGCGCUUCUGCGGUCGCCGCACCACAGAAACCAUCGAGAGGAGAGCGCAGCGGGAACGCCUUGCGAGCCGAGACCACUGGAAAGGCUGCCUGUUGGCGAACCUGCGUCUGAACCGCAUGCAUCUCCACAGAGUCUCUCUUCGGCUAGCGGGGACGACGUCAACCGGAGCUGUGGCCACCGAGUGACGCAACGAGAGGCCGAGGGUGAGAUCCCUCAGAGCGCGCACGAGGAAAGGGAGACGGAGGCGCAAGAGAAACAACAAGAGAAAGAACAGUCCGUUUCGUUGAAGGGGGAAAAAGAUGAUGAUAGGGUCAAUUGCGCAGGCGUCGGCAUGGCGGCGGCGCGUCCUACUCCUUCUCCAGCGCCUCCUACAGAGACCGGCGGCGAGAAGGGAGACCCUGCCUCAGCUUGGUUUUCUUCCGAUCCUCCCCUCUUUCUUCUCUGUUGUAGCGGAGGCAGCGAUAGCACAGCGUUGCUGCAUGCGUUCGCGCGCUUGUUCUCCCCUCGAGCCGUGGCGCUACGACAGGCCUGUCAUCAAACGCAGAGCUCCCGUCUUUCUCGAGAGACUGCGACUCCCGGAAAAAGACCUCCUCCUCUCUUGCCUCACUCACCAACGGACGCGCCCAAACGGAGGCAAGUCUCAGACACAAACUGCGAAUCAAGACCUGCGAUUGAAACGAGUUCUUCUUCCCCUUCUUCUUCUUCGUCUUCGUGUUUGGAUCGCGUACCUGCGUCGAUGCCGUCGGCUUUCCGUUCGACCUCUACGGGAGCUUCCUGUUGUGCCUCUGCUCUUUCCUUGGCAGAGCGACGGGUGUCGGGGGAGAGAAAAGGAGCCGUGGAGAGGGGCGAGCGAGAGACGGCGGGGAACGCGGGAGUUCCUCUGACGCUUCCGCGGUGGCUGCGGACUGGCGUUUUCUCGCUGCCAACUCACGUUGUUUACUUUGACCACUGUCAGAGGCCCGAGUCUGCACAGAGGGAAGCGGCGAGCAUUCAGCGACUCUGCAAGUUCUAUGGAUUCUGUUUUCACCGCUGCACGCUGCGUCGCGAGCCUGGAGAAGAAGAGCUCGAAGGCGGCAGGGCGACGACAGACGGAAAAGAAGAGGACGAGGCGAAAGCCCAACUGCAUGCGCAGAAAGAAGGCGAGGAAGCGAGAGAGAGAAUGCGAGAGGAAGAGAAGGUGGAGGAUCGCGAGAAGACAGCCGAGAGAGCGGCGAACAGACUUGAGAUGCCGGAGGCGUUUGGGCUCGAAGGGGGUCCUGAUGCUCUGGGGUGUGCGGACUCGGGCAUGUCACCAGUUUUCUCUUCUCUCUCGUCGUGGCGCGGAUCUUCUGUUGCCUCCUCGACUCCACCCGAUCGCAUUUCCUCUGCGUUCGACGACAUGUCUCAGUCUCCGUCGUCUCUCGCUCCGGCAAAGGUUGCCCCUGCGGCGUCGAACGCGUCCUUUUCAUGGUCCUUCCCUCUCUCGGCCUCUGCGGGAUCGCAGGCGCCUCAGCAGGCCUGGCGAGAGUGGCGACGGCGAGCAGCCGUUGCGCUUUUGUCUUUUCUUUCUUCUUCGCGUUUCCGAGGCUCGCGUGCACCGGGGAAGGAGCAUCAGGCGGCGCAGGAAGCGCAGACACCGUCGGGAGGAGACGAGGAAAGGUCUCCUGAGGCGAAGAGCCUCUUUCAAGAUGGAAGAAGAAGCGCCGCAGAGACGCCUCGAGCUUCGCCGCGACUUCUUUCUGCAGCGCAGUGCAUGCACGCGGAGAGGACACCCAACGGACGGCUGGGGCUGGACAGCCUUUUCGGGUCUUUCAUGUCACCGCUCCUUCUCUCCCGGCUUCGGCGCGUCGAGCCGACAGAAACAGAUCUGCCUCGCGCCGGCGGCUCUGACCGUCGUCUCGCCUUGCUCGCUUCCUCCCGCCCUCCACCUGCUUCGCCUGUCUCCCCGCUGGCUCGACAGGCCGAAAAGGUCCACGCCGAUACCGGGCAAGCGAGUGCGACCGACUGUGCACCUGCUGGCGUCGUCAGUGGCACCGUCCUGGGAGAAGAAGAGGCGGCGAGAAGCAGUGGAGACAUCGGCGAGACCGAGAAGACAGAGGGGGAGGGGAGCGACGGGUCUUGGCGACAUCGGGACAUCGCCAAGAGAGAGGAGAAACGCGUGGAGGGCGGAGAGAUUUGCAAGGGAGAGAAGGGGAUCAGAGAAGACAUCAAGAAGGAGACAGAAAGAGACACCUCGCCCCUCGCCUACGUCGUCAUGGCGCAUCACGCAGGAGACGAAAUGGAGACACUGUUGAUGAAACUUCUGCGUGGUGCCCACAUCACAAAUCUCGGGGGCAUGAGCGCCGUUUCUGGCUUGAGUAGCCAGACGCCUCGGUUUGCAGUUUUCCGGCCUUUUCUGUCUCUGCAAAAGGCACAACUGCAUCGCUACGUGAAGGCCCUUGGCGGCUCCUGGCUGGAAGACGAGACGAACGCGUUGCCGGAGAAGUACCCUCGGAACGCUGUCCGUUUGACUCUCCUGCCGCUGCUCGCUUCGUUGCUCUCUGAUCCCCGUGCAAAUCCACGUUCCUUGUCUCCAUCUUCGCAGUUGCGUCCUUCGACGCUUGCGUCUGCUGUCUCCCCGUUUUCGCUCUCCGCUUCGCUGUCUGAACUCUCACCACGUCCUUCCACGUCUUCGGACCUGCCUCUCCCGUCCGCUUCGCCCUGUUCUUCGUCUGUUGCGUCUUCGUCUGCUUCUCCUUCUGUCGCUUCUCCUUCUGUCGCGUCUCGUUCUUCUCGCAGUCUGCAAGUGUCUCCGAGCGCCGUGGAGGCCGACGCGUCGCGCGGCAAGGCACAGGGGGCUGUGCCGCGCGCAGGGUCACUAGGUAUCUCUCCUGUUUUUCGCGAAGAGCGUGGAGGCGAAGCAGCGCGCUCGCGCGUCCCCCUUUCGGCGCCUGUUUGGGCUGAAGACUGCAGAGAGGUGCACAGCGAAGGAGACGCGCUCGAAGACGCCGAGAAAGCGGCUUCCGUCGUCUCUGCAAACGAGCGCGGGCAGCCGAGCAGAGAGCGGAACGACGCCCAGGCGCUGCUGACGCGAAUCGCCGAAGCGGCAGCGAGCAUAUUCUGCAAAGGUUCAGAGCCUACACAUGCGCUCUUCAGACGAGCGUCCGGCCUGGCGAGACAGAGCGCCGCGCUACGGGACUGGGUCGACAGGGAAGCCAGCAACUGGGAAGAGCGAGUCUUCGGAGACACGACGCCACACGGAGGGGCGCGCGAAGAAGGAGACGGAAAAGAGGGAGGAGAUCGAACAGAAGGAGGAGGAGAAAACGAAAAAAGAACUGAAGAAGGAAGCGAAGGGAGAGAAGAGCCGGCGGCCCAGGCACAGGUGAUGGACGUUGGGGAGGGUGGCUUUGCCUCUUCUGGUGACUGGCAAGAAGAGCAAGUGGAUUCGCAGGGGAAGGGAAGAGGAGGCAGAGGGAGGACAAAGACGAAGCCACUGCCCCUCGAUUUGUGGCAGAAAGAAGCGUCGCUGUUCUUCCAACAGGAGCUGCUGCACAGAUGGCUGAAGCGAGCCAGUGGGGGGGAACUGACGCUGUCGUAUACGGCGUUGGAGACCCUGACACAGGCGCUCCUUUCCCUGCGCCCCAGUGUGAAAAAAACAGGAAAAGGACUCAACGAGGAAGACAAGAGACCGCCGGAAAAGAGAGGACUGGGAGGGAGUGAAGGAGCAGGGCGAGAAUCGGAAGGCGUAGAAGAUGAAGAUAGACGAGAAGCCGAACAGGGUAAAAGCGAGGAGGCGAGGAACGAAGAGAGGGCCAAGGCAAAAGAAAACAGAGGAAACGGACGGGAAGAAGGAUCCGACUCGAGAGGAGAAGAAAAGAGAGGAGAAGAAAAGAGAGGAGAAGAAAAGAGAGGAGAAGCAACACAAAAAGCAGAAGAACCUGGAGAACAAGAGAAGGCAGAGAGAGAACAAGAAAGAGAACAGAGUGAAGAAGACCCAAAAGAAGGGAAGGAGAUGGCGACUGCGGCCUCAGCCCAGAGAGCGAGCGGCACUCUGUCUCCGUUGAAGGAAGAAAGUCAAGAAGGGGAUUCGUCAGCGAGACAGGGAUCGAGGAGGAGGUCAUGCGAUGAAGAACGAAGCCGAACGCCUGAGGUCAUCCAUAGGACGAACGGAAAAGCGAGCGAAGCAAAGAGCAAGAAAACAAUGGGCUGGCAGAUCCACCUGCCCGGGAGGUUCACACUCAAGGAGCGGGGCGGCCUUCUGUUUCUUGUCAAAGGGACUGCGAAAGGCUAG